AUGUCAGCCCUAGCAAAGAUCCGCGAGGGCCUCGCUCGCGAGGAUAAUACUCCUGUCGCACAUACUCUGGCUCCCCACGAGAAGGAGAUCGAAGAGGCUCCGGAGACUAUCACCGAGACUGGUCCUGGCCAUGACAAGGAGGCCACUGCUGGUGCUCUCCCUCCUGACGAUAAGGGCAACGAUUCUGAUGUGCCCAGUGAAGAUGUCCAGACUGGAGUCAAGGAGAUUCAGGCCAUUACCCUCACUUGGGGUAAGGGAUCCCUGGCUGCUCUCUUGUGUCUCAUCUGGACACUCUUCCUCAUAAGUGGAUUCCGUGGUUCCUUCUACCUCGUCUUGGUGCCUUAUGUUACCAGCGAGUGGCAGGCUCAUUCCCUCAUGACCACCAUCCCCAUCGUGUCAGACGCCAUGACUGCAGCCUGCUACAUCCCCAUGGCCAAGGCCCUUGACGUCUGGGGACGCGCUGAGGGCUUCUUGCUCAUGAGUGGCUUUGCAACUCUUGGUCUUAUCCUCAUGGCUGUAUCUCAGAACCUCGCCACCUUCUGUGCUGCGCAAGUCUUCUACUCUGUCGGAUGGGGAGGUAUGAUUUAUGCUGUUGGUGUCCUCGCUGCCGAUGCAUCUAAUCUCCGGAACCGAGGUUUGGCCUUUGCCUUUACUUCCUCGCCAUACAUGAUUACGGCUUUUGCCGGUUCCAAGGCUGCCGCUGCUUUUGUCCUCGAUGUCAAGAACUGGCGAUGGGGUUUCGGCUGGAUCGCUAUCGUUCUGCCGUGUGUCACUAUUCCUCUGUUCCUUGUCUUGAAGGUCAAUCUUCACAAGGCUUUCAAGAAGGGAACAGUCACCAAGACUCAUAGAAACCGGGGCUUCUUUGGUAGCAUUUGGUGGGUCUUCAACGAGUUCGACGUUAUCGGAAUCUUCCUCUUUGGCGGCGGUCUUGUCGUCUUUCUCCUCCCCUUCAACCUGGCUGCACACGCGCCUGACGGCUGGUCUACUGGCUACAUCAUCGCCAUGAUCGUGGUCGGCUUCUGCACUCUCGUCUUCUUUGGUGUCUGGGAGUAUUGGCUCGCCCCUGUUCCUUUCUUGCAGGGGCGCUUCCUCCUCGAUAGGUCUGUCGUUGCCGCUUGCAUGAUCGAUCUUACCUACCAGAUCUCUUACUAUACUUGGAACUACUUCUUUACUUCAUUCUUGCAGGUCGUUGUCAACCUCGGCCCUGCUGAGGCCGGCUAUGUCAACUCUACUUUCCAGGUCGUCUCAGGCGUUCUUCUCUUCAUCGUCGGCUUCCUCAUCCGAAAGACUGGCUUCUACAAAUGGACCUUUUACUUUGCAGUACCCAUCUACAUCUUUGCGCUUGGUCUCAUGAUCCACUUCCGCGCUCCUAACCAGUAUGUUGGAUACAUCAUUAUGUGCGAGAUCUUUAUCUCCAUCGGUGGAGCUGUCUUCAUCUUGGUCAUGCAGCUUGCUGUCCUUGCUGCCGUUGCCCACCAGUAUGUCGCUGCUGCGCUUGCUACUUUGUAUGUUGCUGGAGGAGUCGGUGGUGCGGUUGGAGGAGCCAUCUCGGGUGCUAUCUGGACGAAUACCUUUAUCCCUCAGCUUAUGAAGAACCUCCCAGAGUCAGAGCUGGCCAAUGCACCACUGAUUGCUGGAAAUAUUGUCAAUCAGCUGGCUUACCCCGUCAACAGCCCUGCACGACUUGCCAUUCAGGAGUCCUAUGGCUUUGCCCAGAUUAGAAUGCUUGCUGCUGGUGUUGGUAUCGCGUCCUUAUUCUUCAUCUGGGUGCCCAUGUUGAGGAACAUCAACGUCAAGAAGCUGAAGCAGACCAAGGGUCUUGUCCUCUAG